CUCUGUGGGAUUGAGCGCUGCCUCUUUCCUUUUUCUUUUUUUACACGGAUACACUGCGAUACUUUUCCCCUCUCCACGGGUUCUUCUCGUUUUGUAGGUCCUUUUAGACUAGAAUAGACGCUGGUUUAGUGCACGGUGUUUCUUCUCCAAGUAAACUUGCUAAAAGUGGCUUUAUUCGGCUCGGAAGGGAUGAUGAUGGGGACAUUACGCGACCUCCAGUACGCGCUUCAGGAGAAAAUUGAAGAACUGAGACAGAGAGACGCGCUCAUUGACGAACUGGAGCUCGAACUGGACCAGAAAGACGAACUCAUUCAGAAACUGCAGAACGAACUGGAUAAGUACCGCUCCGUGAUCCGCCCGGCGACCCAACAGGUCCAGAGCCGCUCGGAGCUGCAGGAGCAUCAGCGCACCAAACGCCAGGCGAUCAGUGCCGAACCCGCCAACGUCCAGCAGCUGAGUCACGUGACCCUGCCCAACGUCCCCAAGAGUGCCAAGUCAAAGGAACUGAUCAAGUCAGCUAUUCUGGACAAUGACUUCAUGAAGAAUCUGGAGAUGUCUCAGAUCCAGGAGAUAGUGGACUGUAUGUAUCCAGUGGACAAUGACAAAAACAGCUGUAUUAUUAAAGAAGGGGAUGUGGGCUCCCUCGUCUAUGUCAUGGAAGAGGGAAAAGUUGAAGUGUCUAAAGAAGGAUUGAAGCUGUGCACUAUGGGACCAGGAAAAGUGUUUGGAGAGCUCGCCAUCCUUUAUAACUGCACCAGGACGGCCACUGUGAGAACUGUCACCAGUGUGAAGUUAUGGGCCAUCGACAGACAGUGUUUCCAGACCAUCAUGAUGAGGACAGGACUCAUCAAACAUGCAGAGUACAUGGAGUUCUUGAAAAGUGUCCUGACGUUCCGGGGUCUUCCAGAACAAAUACUGAGCAAGCUGGCUGAUGUCCUUGAGGAGACCCACUAUGAGGAUGGCGACUACAUCAUUCGCCAGGGGGCAAGAGGAGACACAUUCUUCAUUAUCAGUAAAGGAAAGGUGACGAUGACUCAAGAGGACUGUCCAGGUCAGGAGCCCGUCUAUUUGCGUUCUAUGGUGAAAGGAGACUCGUUUGGGGAAAAAGCCCUACAGGGGGAGGAUAUCAGAACAGCUAAUGUCAUUGCAGCAGAGUCUGUCACCUGCCUUGUGAUUGACAGAGACUCAUACAAACACCUGAUUGGAGGUCUGGAAGAUGUGUCCAACAAAGGCAGUGAAGACGCAGAGGCAAACGCAAAAUACGAGGCAGAGAACGCAUUCUUCUCCAACUUAAACCUGUCUGACUUCAACAUCAUCGACACUCUUGGCGUCGGAGGAUUUGGCCGUGUUGAGCUGGUGCAGCUCAAGAGUGAUGAGAUGAAGACAUUUGCGAUGAAGAUCCUAAAGAAGCGCCACAUUGUGGACACGAGACAGCAGGAGCACAUCCGCUCGGAGAAACUGAUCAUGCAGGAGGCACAUUCAGACUUUAUAGUCAGACUCUAUAGGACAUUUAAGGACAGUAAGUACCUCUAUAUGCUGAUGGAGGUGUGUUUAGGUGGAGAACUGUGGACUAUUCUCAGAGACAGGGGCAAUUUUGAUGAUUCAACUACGCGCUUUUACACGGCAUGUGUGGUGGAGGCGUUCGCUUACCUGCAUUCCAAAGGCAUCAUAUACAGAGACCUCAAACCAGAGAACCUGAUACUAGACCACAGAGGCUACGCCAAACUGGUGGAUUUUGGCUUUGCUAAGAAGAUCGGCUUUGGGAAGAAGACGUGGACAUUCUGUGGUACACCAGAGUAUGUGGCUCCAGAGAUCAUCCUGAAUAAAGGUCAUGACAUCUCCGCAGAUUACUGGUCCCUUGGCAUCCUCAUGUAUGAGCUGCUGACUGGCAGUCCUCCUUUUUCAGGACCGGAUCCAAUGAAAACAUACAACAUCAUUCUUAGAGGCAUCGACAUGAUAGAAUUCCCUAAAAAAAUUACCAAAAAUGCUGCCAAUCUCAUCAAAAAGCUAUGCAGAGACACGCCGUCUGAAAGAUUAGGAAACUUGAAAAAUGGAGUCAAAGACAUCCAGAAGCACAAAUGGUUUGAAGGGUUUAACUGGGACGGAUUGAGGAAGGGGACACUGACGCCCCCCAUCAUCCCUAAUGUAACAUCAUCCACAGACACUAGUAACUUUGACAGCUUUCCUGAGGACACUGAAGACCCACCGCCUGAUGAUAACUCAGGCUGGGACACAGACUUCUAAUCAGGUCCAGACACACACGUGCACACAGACACACAACACUGCUCACAUGGGACGUCUGCACUACUGGAGAAAUGUGGGAAGAAGAGGUGGAUGAAAUGAAGUGACUCUAAAAGGGCUGUCGCAACAAAACAUGAAUCUCUUGCGUGAGCACGUGUCUGUGUGCAUGUUCACCACUGACCCAUGAUAACCACCUUUACUGUGAGCUGACUGAGGAGACAGUCCAUUUAGGGAAAAGCUUGUGACCUCAGCGAUUUGUUCUUCUCCCUGAUUGGCUGCAAACUCUUCAUUCACCGACCCGUGUGCAGACUACUUGAAAGAAGACCUGAAUGUUGCUCUUAAAGUAAUACUCGUUCGUUAUAGCACAUGUACAUAAUAGCAUAGCAUCACUACCCUGAGAAACUCACGCAUACGCUGCCGUUAACUGUCACGUUCAUCACACUCUUCAAACACACACAGACAUCAUAGACGCAUCUUCUCGCCUCUCUUCGCUGUUAAUUUAUUGUCCUGGCGGACGGCCAUUAAGGUUUAUGAUAUUCUGAGCCCAGCACUGGUCUUCUCAAACUUCAUCCAAUGAAAUGAUGUGCCUCAAAUUCAUAGCUCCAUUAAUAGUGUACUGUAUUUAUUGUCUCAGAUUUAUAAGAAUUAGGAGAUAAGUACUGACCACUGUGAACGGCCAGAUUUGAAACAGGAACGGAUGUGGGAUCGGUUUGCCUUCUAUGGCCAUUCUUAAAUUCAAAUGCAGGUACAACGUAAUCCUGAUUUCUCCACAGAUUCAGCCGUAUCAGAUCAUGAACAGUAUUAGUGCCUUAAAUCAACGGCAUUCUGCGACGCUCCUCAUGCUGCAUGUCAGAAUACGAUCCCUUCAGCCUGCUGCUGUCCAUCAGACGCUCUCUGUCUAGUUGUGUUUUUUUUACACAAUAAAACAACUGUUUUAGACACUCACUGUGUCCUCACAUGAUCUGCCACUGUCUUUUAUGGAUCUGAAAUGUUUAAAAUGCUAAUUGUUUUAGA